AUGCCAGCAGCAUCCGAGGCAAUUCCUAUUCGAGUUCCUGCUGGAGCACAACGUGGUGAAGACGGUUUUGUUCCGUGCGGUGUGAUUGAUAACGAUACACUCGAAUCUGUUGAAGAUCCUCCAUACUUUUUGGAUAUGUCGCAUUAUUCUCAAAGCGUGGAGGAUGAUGAUGGCCCAUCAGCUGCAACGAUUUUCGCUCAUUAUGCUAAAAUAUCAGAAGCUCUUCCGGUCAAUGCUCUUCCGGGUGAAUCACUGGAAUCAACUAUGGAUACGGGGUCUGGUACUGUUUACAUAACAAAUUAUCGAAUUGUAAUACUCGAUCGUUUGAAAAAUGCUUUGGCAAUUAUUCCACUUUUGAGUGUUGAUACGGUUGAAUUCUGGUCUGGAGACCCGUAUGGAAUACAGAUUACAUGCAAAUUUGGUCGAACAUGCAGAUUGAGAUGUGCAAGUGAGGUGCAAGUGGAACUGCAUAAAAGAUUGCAAAAAGCGACUUAUAAUAUUGCUACAAAUGAUAUUUUCGCAUGGCAGUUUGCCAAGGCUGCAAAGACUCAACUUCCUAGUUGGCUCAGAUUUCACCGUGAAACGGCUGAUUCUGAGUGCCUAGCACAAAAAGAAUUCCUGCGACUCAAUUACAACUCUCAUUCUUGGAGAGUUUCAGAAGCCAAUACUGAUUAUUCAUUGUGUGCAACAUAUCCGAAAUCAGUUAUAGUUCCAAAGGAUAUAACGGAUGAUGAAUUACGGCGCGCGUGUGCUGCUCGGAAUAAUGCUCGAUUCCCGGCCGCGGUAUGGUGCUGCGCCAAAAAUGAAUCCGUCUUAUUACGCAGUAGUCAACCAUGUUGUGGUAUUUUCAACUAUCGAUUCCCCUUAGAUGAAAAAUUGUUGGAAUGUGCUAGGAAAGCUGUUAAUGGAAGACCGCUGUCUCGGAAAUUGUUAAUAGUGGACUGCCGUUCAUAUACUGCAGCCCUUGCAAAUCGAGUAGUAAAAGGUGGUGGAGCUGAGUCAGAAGAGUAUUAUCAGCAAACGGAGGUCAUCUUUUGUGGAUUGGCAAAUAUCCACGAAAUUCGUAGUAGCUUUCAUAAGCUUAGAGCUGUCCUUGCCGGUCCUCAAGAUCAUAAUACCAUCCUUCAAUCAAUUCAGUCCACUUUUUGGUUGCAGUACCUUAUAAGUCUUAUCGAUACCGCACAGAAAUGUGUAAAGGCACUUGUCGAUGACGGUCGAUCAGUACUUGUUCAUUGCACGGAUGGUUGGGAUCGGACAACACAAAUAGUCACUCUUACAAAAAUAAUUGCUGAUCCAUACUACAGGACUUUCGAGGGCUUCAAAGUCUUGAUUCGUCGCGAUUGGAUUGGUUUCGGACACAAGUUUGCUGAUCGCACAGGUACGCGUAGUAGCGUCAGUGGGGAAUCAUCACCAGUUUUUCUGCAGUGGCUAGACUGUGUUCAUCAAUUGCAUCAGUUAUUUCCAGAUGCCUUUCAGUUCACUUUAAGCUAUUUGGUAAGGACUUUUGCAUAAGAUGCAGAAACACUUUCGCUUUGGACAUUUCUGGAUGAGUCUAAACCGGAAUAUGGAAAUGUUAUUUAUAAUCCUGGAAAAAGCAAUGAGAGAUUGAAUACAUCUUUGCAUGUUGAGGAUCUUCACAUUUGGAAGCAACUUUACAUUGGACCCGCUAUCGAAAGACUAAUUAAUGAGCAGACACUGUCAAACUCAGGGAUGGUUGCAAGUCAGCAUAGUGAAGUCGAUCGUAUUAGUUUGAACAGAGCCCAUUCUGCGGAAAGUCUUUCUAAUACGGACGCCGGUACAUGCCAGGGAUCAUCAAAUACAUCUUUUGCUGGAAAUGCACAUGCUCAAUUCCAUAACAGUAAUAUUCGAACAUCAGUCUCAAGUGAAACGGACUAUGCACCACCUGACGAAAACGACUUGUCGUUUGCAGUGUAUCGUGAAAGGGAUCGCAGCGCUAUCGCUAGAGAAGUGGAUUGCGAUGGUUUGACGAAAGUUCUAGUUAUACGUGAAGAAAGGACCCGUGAAAAAGUUGAAAAACUACAGGAAUGUAUCAAUAUGUUGCAAGAGAGACUUAAGCAACUGACAAUGGAAGAAAUGCGGAAAGUGAAUUGUGGAAUUAGUGGCGAGUCACCUGAGACGGAAUUAUUAAUCUUCGGUGAGAAUAACAGUGCGUCGUGUUCUGUGGAAUCAGUACUUUCAAACAUGUCAGUUGUUGAAAAAGACGAUGUUGCUGAUAUUUCAUAUGGUUCGAAAGGGUGGCUGAUGGAUGAUGCUUCACAAAAAUGCAUGAGUUGCCAGGGAACUUUCUAUUAUCUAAGUAAUCGAAGACAUCAUUGUAGGAACUGUGGAGGCAUAUUUUGUUCGUCGUGUUCAAAACGUACCUUUUUUCGAGUAUACGAAAAUAAAGGUGCGAAUGUGCGUGUGUGCAAUAAAUGCUAUGAAUUUAUGGUGAAAGCGCGAUCACAUCAACUAUAUGUGGUAGCAUCAGAUAUGCCGACAACAUCAUUGAUUUCUAAGAGGAAUGGCAGUUUAAUGACUGGAAAGCAAUCAGAAGCAACCAUGAAUGGUGUAGUGCGACAGUCAUCGCUGUACUCUUUACAGAAGUCAUUGUCAUCAGCAGAAAAGAUUAUGAAGGACGAAGGCAAUGAGCUUGAAGACUUGAUGGGGGAUGAGACGCACCACAGGGGUUCUUCAUCGUCAAUGACGCAAAUUGUUUCUAUAUUUGAUUUGGAGAAUAUCACUUUUUCAAAGGACAAGAUUGGUUAUGGAGGAUGUCGAUCAGUAAAUGAAUUCGAAAAAAUGAAUCGUAUUGGUGAGGGUACAUACGGCAUUGUAUAUAGAGCCAAGGAUACGAAAACUGGACAGAUUAUUGCUCUAAAAAAAGUAAGAAUGGAUGAGAAAAGUGAAGAGAAUGGAAUUUCAAUAUCAGCAAUUCGUGAAAUCCAUCUGCUUAUGAGUUUGCAUCACAAAAAUAUCGUGCAGUUGAAAGAAAUUGUAGUGGGGCAACAAUUAACUUCAAUUUUUCUGGUCAUGGAGUACUGUACUCAGGUUUCUAAUCUUCUCUUAACUGACGAUGGCUGUUUGAAAGUUGCUGAUUUUGGAUUAGCGCGAACAUUCGGGGAACCUUCCAAGCAGAUGACACCAAGGGUUGUUACGCUGUGGUACCGCAGUCCAGAACUAUUAUUUGGUGCAAAAGAACAAAGUACAGGUGUUGAUAUGUGGGCAGCAGGAUGCAUUCUUGGAGAAUUACUUAUCCAUCGACCUCUUUUGCCAGGGAAAACCGAGCUUGAUCAAAUUAACAAAAUAAUCGAUUUGCUUGGAACUCCAACCGAAAAGAUAUGGAAAGGAAUCGAAGAAUUACCAGCUUUCCGUAAUUUCCAGUUACGCUCCCAGCCGUACAAUAAGUUGAAGUGUGUGAUGGAACGCGCUAGUGAUAGUUGCCUGCAACUUUUAAAUGGACUCUUCACUUUUGAUCCAUCUCUCAGGAUUUGUGCGAAAGAUGCACUGCGCUCGCGAUAUUUCAAUGAACCUCCAUAUCCAUGUGAUGCAAGCAUGAUGCCGUCAUUUCCGCAGCACCGGAAUCGAAAGCACAAUACAAUUACUACAGUUGGCGGUGGCCGCAGUGCUAGAGAUCAAUCGUCGUUCUCGCAUAUGAUCAUUUGUUCGCUCUUCGAAGGUUUCGUCAUAGAUUCCAGUUCAUCUGGCAUUGUUUGA